GUUGCUUGUGAUCUUUCAUCCAAAAAUCACGGGCAGGCUCAGAUCUGUCUCCAUCGACGAAGCGCUCCUCAUCGAUGGCAAGUACGGCAUGUUUUAUGAUAGUCAGCAGGAACGACAUUCCCAUAUACGAAGCCGAAGUCGGCACUGCACCUAAAAGAUAUUUGGUUGUUUUUCUUAAUCCAUUAAUCUUACAUACGCGACUGAUGCUGCUUCAUGACUCUCGUAAUGAUGAUGGAAUCAAGAGCUUCUUCCAAGAGGUCCAUGAGCUAUAUAUAAAG